GCGUUUCUGUAUUACUGGACACGACCCAGAUCUUUAUCAUAGACCAACAUUGAGAGAUAAAACGAUUCCGUGAUUAACUUUCCAGGACUGUCACUCUGGCAUAAACAAAUCACACCAUAUCAGAUUUUCUCUUCCUUCUCCUCCUUCCUGCUUCCCCCCUUCCCCCUUCACCGACCACCCAGCUGCCACCCAAACCACCAUUGAAACAAAAGACUGACGUCGUGUGCGGAUUCUCCAGUAGUGUCCUAUGGUGGGGGUUGAGUGUCCUGGUUCAGCCCUCAAUCAGUAUUGUUUUCCGGAGUAUAUCGUGCGUUAAGGUAUUAAUUGUCAGAGUAUGGUAAUAAAUUGAAUACAAGUAAGCACAAUGCCGCUUUAUGAAGGAAUCGGGUUGGGAACUGAGAAGCAACCUGUCGUCAUAGACAUUGGUACAGCGUAUACAAAGCAUUUGUUGGUGAGUCCAAAAGAUAGAAGAGUUGUCAUAGUCGAAUCUCUGCUAUGUCCCAGUGUAUUUAGAGAUACUUUGGCAAAAGUACUAUUUCGACAUUUUGAGGUUUCAUCUGUGUUGUUUGUGCCCUCUCAUCUUGUGGCCCUAUGCACCCUGGGUGUGAGCACAGCUCUGGUGUUGGAUGUUGGGUACCAAGAAGCAGUCCUCAUCCCGGUCAAUCUGAGAAGAAGACUAGCAGGCCCAGAGGAGGAGGAGUUAUCACCUCACAGUAGGAUCUCUGAGUCAACCAUAGAAGACAUCAAAGUUCGAACUUGUUUUGUGACGAGUUUUGAAAGAGCUCAUAAAAUAACUGCUGGCCAGCCUGAUCCACCACCUCCCUCUGUGAGCUACCAGGCAGACGGAAGCAGCACAGUGGACGUGCCUGGCUCAGCAAGAGAAACAGCCUACGAAAUUCUUUUUGAACAAGAUGGCGACGAGAUGUCUGUGUCCACUAUGGUUCUUGAUGCCAUCCUCAAGUGUCCUGUGGACAUGAGAAAGGAUUUGGCUGAAAACAUCCUGCUCAUGGGGGGCACAACGAUGGCGACAGGCUUUAAAGCUCGCCUCAUGUCAGAGUUGAAGUACCUAGUUACAACACCAAAGUAUGCCAAGCAUCUUGCCAUAAAAGUAUUCAAAGUACACAAACCUCCAGCAAAGGAAAACUACGUUGCUUGGCUAGGAGGUUCAAUCUUUGGAGGCACAGAUGUCAUAGUGACCAGGUCACUGUCCAAAGAAGCCUACCUGAAGGAAAACAGGAUUCCCGACUGGGCUAAUCUGAUGUAUAACUGCCGUGAAGACGACAACAAAUCUGCCAACUUGUGAGAGCCGAUGCUUUCUUCACUGGCAGCUCUGUAAUGCACUAAUAACAUCCUUCUUGUCUAGAGUUCUCGACUUAUUUCUCUACUGCCUGUGCACAAAUAUAUCGGCUUAUGUAUUUAAUUGUAACUUGACCAAAGGUCAACAAAAUGUAUUUAAUUCUGUGAUAUAAAUAAAGAUAUUGUGAACAUUUUUAUUAUUUACUUCCUAAUCAAUAAAGAAUAUGUAUUGAUUCCUACAGUUGUUUUUAAAUGAGCCUCAAUUCACAUCACUUUUUAAUGUUCUUGGGCAGUUGACUAAAAGUCUAGAAAGCUGUUUCACAAAUUAACAUUUGUUAUUAUAAUAGAAAUUGAAAUACUUACUCGUACAAAAUCCCCUCACAAUUUUGAAUUGUUACUUUUUAAACACAAUUGGGAUGUGUAUAAUAUUCUUAUCAAAAGGCAAAAUAGAAAUAUAUUCAUAGUCAUUGUAUUUUUUAGAUUAAAAAAA